CAGUGGAAGCUUCUGGAAGCGAGCUCCUUUUCCGUCUCCACGAGAAGCUGUGCUGUGGUUUUCAGGAGAAUGGCCGCGGUAAAAGCACUUAAUCCGAAAGCCGAGGUCGCCAGGGCUCACGCGGCUCUGGCUGUGAACAUCAGCGCGGCUCGCGGACUCCAGGACGUCCUGAAAAGUAACCUGGGCCCGAAGGGAACAAUGAAAAUGCUUGUGUCUGGUGCAGGAGACAUCAAGCUCACCAAAGAUGGGAACGUUCUGCUUCAUGAAAUGCAAAUCCAGCAUCCCACUGCUUCAUUGAUCGCCAAGGUGGCCACAGCACAGGAUGACAUCACGGGAGAUGGCACAACAUCUAAUGUGCUUAUCAUUGGAGAGCUCCUCAAGCAGGCAGACCUCUAUGUUUCUGAGGGUCUUCACCCAAGGGUGAUUGCAGAGGGGUUUGAGGCGGCUAAAGAAAAGGCCCUUGCAGUGCUUGAAGAGGUGAAAGUUGCAAAGGAGAUGGACAGAGAGACUCUCAUCAAUGUAGCCAGGACAUCACUCAGAACCAAGGUCCACACAGAGUUGGCCGAUUUACUAACAGAGGCUGUGGUGGAUGCUGUACUGGCCAUAAGAAAACCCAACGAGCCCAUUGACCUCUACAUGGUGGAGAUUAUGGAGAUGAAACACAAAACUGACAGUGAUACCCAACUGAUCAGAGGGUUGGUGUUGGACCAUGGAGCCAGACAUCCUGACAUGAAGAAGAGAAUGGAAGAUGCUUUCAUUCUCACCUGCAAUGUUUCCUUGGAAUACGAGAAAACAGAAGUGAACUCUGGGUUUUUCUACAAGAGCGCAGACGAGAGAGACAAGCUGGUUAAAGCUGAGAGGAAGUUCAUUGAAGAUCGCGUGAUGAAAAUAAUCGACCUGAAGAAUAAAGUGUGCGCUGAUAAUAAAAAGGGCUUUGUGGUCAUCAAUCAGAAGGGUAUUGAUCCAUUCUCUCUGGAUGCGCUGGCCAAAGAGGGCAUUGUGGCUCUGCGUCGUGCAAAGAGGCGGAACAUGGAAAGGCUGACUCUGGCAUGCGGUGGUGUAGCAAUGAACUCUGUGGAGGAUCUCACGCCAGAGUCUUUAGGACAUGCUGGUCUUGUGUAUGAGUACACACUGGGUGAGGAGAAAUUCACGUUCAUUGAGAACUGUAGCAACCCUCGUUCUGUGACCCUGCUGGUGAAAGGCCCAAACAAGCACACCCUGACGCAGAUCAAAGACGCAGUGAGAGACGGACUCAGAGCUGUCAAAAACGCCAUUGAAGAUGGUUCUGUUGUAGCUGGGGCCGGUGCAUUCGAGGUAGCCGUGGCUGAUGCAUUGGUCAAACACAAGCCCAAAGUAAAGGGACGAGCCCAGCUGGGUGUGCAGGCGUUUGCUGAUGCUCUGCUCGUCAUCCCUAAAGUUCUGGCUCAGAAUUCAGGCUACGACCCACAAGAGACUCUUGUGAAGCUGCAGAGUGAAUUCAAAGAGGCUGGACAGUUGGUGGGAGUGGACUUAAGCACAGGUGAACCUAUGGUUGCUGGAGAGGCUGGUGUGUGGGACAACUACAGUGUGAAAAAGCAGCUGCUUCACUCCUGCACUGUAAUCGCCAGUAAUAUCCUGCUGGUGGAUGAGAUCAUGAGGGCUGGAAUGUCUUCACUCAAAGGCUAAAUAAAGUCCGCCAUCAAGAAACCCACCCGCUAGGUUGAAGAGGAGGAAGAAACCACCCAGCUCACUGCGGUUAUCCUGCUCGGGCUCAAGGCUGCAGUCCCGCAUUGUUGUCGUUAAAAUAUCUGUCUGCUCAUUCUGUGCCCAAGAAGUUCUGUCCAUAUUUCUGGCCUAGGAAAUGUCCCUUCCAGUCAAUUGGUUUAUUUAAGAAGUUGUGUUACAGAUGCACUGAAUCGCAAUACAUUUCCCUUUGUACCAUUAAA